GUGUUCAGUAACCUUGAUCGAUGGGCGAUGUAGUUAUGAUUGUUCCUUCAUAUAACUUCGUCAAAUCAAUCCACAAGUUACUAUCGGAAGCAAAUAACAUCUCUUAUCUUAAACUUCUCACAGAUUCUCUGCUGGUUCUUGAUGUUACUCAAGAGUUCUCGUUAACUUUUGCGGAUAUUCAUAAUUUGAAAGUCAUCUUUCUGGAUACCUUUGUUGAAUGGACCUACCAAUUUGCAUCUUCACUCUCUCCUGUCCUCAAUGAAAACACUGGAGAAAUUCGCAUAGUUAGAAUCGUUAACAAUAUAGUAUUGGAGACGUUUGCUGUCAUCGAUGCUAUUACAAAUGAAUUGAAAUCGGGAUGUCCCGAAGUACCUAAACCCCUGAUAAAUUUCUCAAAUCAUCUGAAGUUUGUAAUGAAAACUUCAUCUAAACGUAUGUUUGGCUGGAUUGAUUAUUGUUGUAAAUUAAGGAAUUACUGUAGCAUGAUGUUACAUUGUACCAACUUCACAAAUACAUCUUUGGAUCUAAAUAAAGCAGAUAAUAAAAACUUAUCCAGUCUUGUCAACAUUCAACAACAUUUACUUAAAUUGUCAUCAGUUUUUAUUACUUUGGAUACUUUGAGGCGAUUCAGUGACGAAAUACCACUUGAGCAACUACAAACACCAGUAGUUUUAACCGAUAGUAAGAAAUUGAAACAUACACCCAUAAUUAGUGGUAAUGAAAACACCAAUAUGAAUUGUGAACGAAAAGGAAGAAAAUUAGUUGACAAAUGUUGCUUUGAACGAUUUUGUGGACCAUCACCCUCAACAUCAAUAUGUACACCUGUCCCUAAAGGUAAGGAGAAAGUUCGGAAGUAUAUAAUCCGUCUUCCGAAAGAGGAAUGGAAAUCACACAAAACACCUUGGACAAUUGAAGAAUCUAUAGCAUUAUGGCAUGGAGUAAUGCAUGCUCCUGGUUCGAAAAGUUGGUCUCAAAUCUGGCAUCAAUCCUUUCGACAUAGUAAUCGUAGUCAAGUAAAUUUAAAAGAUCGGUGGCGUGUCAUAGAUAAUAGUGAAACUAUUAAAAAUGCAAUUCGACAGGCAUACGUUAGUUGGACAUCACAGUUUACGAAUGGAAAAGACAGUCCAGUCAGAUAUAAUCAUUUACCAAUGCCAAUUAUUGUACGUACCUGUCAAUCAACUUAACCUUUAUAUUUUCUGUAUCUUAAUCGAUUAAAUGUGCAAUAUAUAC